AUGCCGGAAGAGGUUCGUAUUGUUGAAACCAUCUCUGAAGACGGCAAACCGAAGAAGAAGAAGAUCCGUACGCGUGUCAUCAAGAAGGUAAAGGGUGACAAACAAGAGGUCACCAAGAUCGAAACCGUCGAAGAAGAUGACAAACAGCCAGAAACAACUGUCACAUUUGAAGAAAUUCCUAUCGAGGAAGCUCCCGAACAAGUCAGAGAACUGCCGGAAGAGGUUCGUAUUGUUGAAACCAUCUCUGAAGACGGCAAACCCAAGAAGAAAAAGAUCCGUACUCGUGUCAUCAAGAAGGUAAAGGGUGACAAACAAGAGGUCACGAAGAUCGAAACCGUCGAAGAAGAUGACAAACAGCCCGAGACAACUGUCACAGUUGAAGAAACUCCUGUCGAAGAAUCACCAGAAGAAGUGAAAGAAAUGCCGGAAGAGGUUCGUAUUGUUGAAACCAUCUCUGAAGACGGCAAACCCAAGAAGAAGAAGAUCCGUACUCGUGUCAUCAAGAAGGUGAAGGGUGGAAAACAAGAGGUCACGAAAAUCGAAACUGUCGAAGAAGAUGACAAACAGCCCGAGACAACUGUCACAAUUGAAGAAACUCCUAUCGAGGAAGCUCCCGAACAAGUCAGAGAAAUGCCGGAAGAGGUUCAUAUUGUUGAAACUAUCUCUGAAGACGGCAAGCCAAAGAAGAAGAAGAUCCGUACUCGUGUCAUCAAGAAGGUAAAGGGUGACAAACAAGAGGUCACGAAGAUCGAAACCGUCGAAGAAGAUGACAAACAGCCCGAAACAACUGUCACAGUUGAAGAAACUCCUGUCGAGGAAGCUCCCGAACAAGUCAGAGAAAUGCCGGAAGAGGUUCGUAUUGUUGAAACCAUCUCUGAAGACGGCAAACCAAAGAAGAAGAAGGUCCGUACUCGUGUCAUCAAAAAGGUAAAGGGUGACAAACAAGAGGUCACGAAGAUCGAAACCGUCGAAGAAGAUGACAAACAGCCCAAAACAACUGUAACAGUUGAAGAAACUCCUGUUGAGGAAGCUCCCGAACAAGUUAGAGAAAUGCCGGAAGAGGUUCAUAUUGUUGAAACCAUCUCUGAAGAUGGCAAACCAAAGAAGAAGAAGAUCCGUACUCGUGUCAUCAAGAAGGUAACGGGUGACAAACAAGAGGUCACGAAGAUCGAAACCGUCGAAGAAGAUGACAAACAGCCCGAGACAACUGUCACAGUUGUAGAAACUCCUGUCGCAGAACCACCAGAAGAAGUGGAAGAAAUGCCGGAAGAGGUUCGUAUUGUUGAAACCAUCUCUGAAGACGGCAAACCCAAGAAGAAGAAGAUCCGUACUCGUGCCAUCAAGAAGGUGAAGGGUGGCAAACAAGAGUUCACGAAGAUCGAAACCGUCGAAGAAGAUGAUAAACAUCCCGAGACAACUGUCACAGUUGAAGAAACUCCUGUCGAAGAAUCACCAGAAGAAGUGAAAGAAAUGCCAGAAGAGGUUCGUAUUGUUGAAACCAUCUCUGAAGACGGCAAACCAAAGAAGAAGAAGAUCCGUACUCGUGUCAUCAAGAAGGUAAAGGGUGACAAACAAGAGGUCACGAAGAUCGAAACCGUCGAAGAAGAUGACAAACAGCCCGAAACGACUGUAACAGUUGAAGAAACUCCUAUCGAGGAAGCUCCCGAACAAGUCAGAGAAAUGCCGGAAGAGGUUCGUAUUGUUGAAACCAUCUCUGAAGACGGCAAACCCAAGAAGAAGAAGAUCCGUACUCGUGUCAUCAAGAAGGUGAAGGGUGGCAAACAAGAGGUCACGAAGAUCGAAACCGUCGAAGAAGAUGAUAAACAGCCCGAAACAACUGUCACAGUUGUAGAAACUCCUGUGGAAGAAUCACCCGAAGAAGUGAAAGAAAUGCCAGAAGAGGUUCGUAUUGUUGAAACCAUCUCUGAAGACGGCAAACCCAAGAAGAAAAAGAUCCGUACUCGUGUCAUCAAGAAGGUAAAGGGUGACAAACAAGAGGUCACGAAGAUCGAAACCGUCGAAGAAGAUGACAAACAGCCCGAGACAACUGUCACAGUUGAAGAAACUCCUGUGGAAGAAUCACCCGAACAAGUCAGAGAAAUGCCGGAAGAGGUUCAUAUUGUUGAAAGCAUCUCUGAAGAUGGCAAACCAAAGAAGAAGAAGAUCC